AUGGCCGUUGGUCGCGCCCUCUGCGUGGCUCUGCCGCUCCUAUUAACGAUCGCCUCGCUGGCUGCCCUCCUCUACGCCACCCUCGCCGGCGUCGCCCACCAUAACACCUUCAUGUUCAAGCUCGACACCACCAACCUGACGCUCGACAGACAGGGCAUCGAGAACAUUGCCAAGAGCGCCGGCGUCGACGUUAGCAGCAUCGGCAAGGACCUCGGCGUCGACAUUGACAGCCUGCUUAACAAGGCGACAGGCGGCACAAAUGUCACAGCCAAGGAGCUCAACCUUGACUACGUCUUCGAGGUCGACCUCUGGGGCUUUUGCUACACCAAGGACAGCAAGCGCAACUGCACCAAGGCCCAGUUUGACUGGGCUUCGAGCACCCUCAACGACACCUACCUCAAGAACUUUGGUACCGAGGCCGGCGUCACCAUUCCCCUGCCCAAGGAAAUCCAGGGAUCCAUCAAGGCCUUUCGCACCAUGAUGAAGGUGACCGAGAUUGUCUUCAUUGCUGCCAACAUCAUGCUCGGUGUCGAGCUGCUGAUUGGCAUCCUCGCAAGCUGCUCGCGCGUCGUCUCGUGCCUCACCUGGCUCCUUUCCUGCAUUACCACAGUUGUUGUAUUCGCCGCCGCCGGUUUGGCCACGGGAGUGUCGGCCGCUGUCGUCGGCGCCGUCGAGGCCACUGCCAAAGUGUACGGCGUCAAGGGCGGUAUCCAAACCAGCUUCCUGGCCGCCGUAUGGAUCGGUGCCGCCUUUGCGCUCGGUGCCAACCUCUUCUGGGUCUUUACCAUUUGCUGCUGCAAGCCCGACCACGGCCGCGCCCGCAGCGUGCGCAACCGCGACAGCUACGGCGAUGGCGAAAAGCUCAUGCCCUCGCGCAAUUACGCCCCUCUUGGCACUGACCACGAAAUGACGGGAUUCCAGCAGCAGCAUGCCCCGCAGCACACCGGCUACAACAACAGCGCCUACUUCAAUGGCCAGCCGGCUCGCCACCCCGCUGGCAACGGCCGCUCCGACCUGGCCUAUGAGCCUUACUCUCAUCGCGCAUAA